AUGAAGCUCCCCCUUCGUAACCUUUCCCGAUCCACAUCAAUCAUAUUCCAACCAAUUUCACGUGCAUCUUUUCCAGCAACCUUUCGACAAUCAAAUUCUCCCCACCAAAUCCGCGCUUUCCUAGUCUCCACGCCAAGAGCUCUCCAUACAGAUAACCUUACAUCGAGACAAAAAGCCACUGGAGGAGAGAAAUCCCGAUCAGAUGUAGCCCCACAGAAUACAUUUUCAGAAGAGAUUGGCGACUUUGCAAAAAAGCAUACCGAAGAUGUCCCCCAGCAAUCUACACCCUCUGUUACAGCAGUGCAGGAAUCACUUAAACCUCUCUUGAGAGAAAAUGGUGGGAAAUGGGUUUUGGCAGAUGAUGGAAUGUCUGUGGAGAGGGUCAUAACAUUCAAAGGAUUCAAAGAUGCCUGGAACUUCAUGAACGCCAUCGCAGCAAAAUGCAAACAAGAAAGACAUCACCCAGAAUGGGUUAACAUCUACAACAAAGUUUUCAUCCGCUGGACCACGCAUGAUCUUCCCGGUCUAACAGCCACUGAUAUUCUCAUGGCCAAGUUUUGCGACGAGCAAGCUACAAUACACAAAGAAGUAUACAACGUCCCAAAGGAACCCUUCUCGGAAAAUACCCAGCACGAAAAAUUUCUCAAUCAAGCUCAUCAGAUCGCUAAUAAGUUAUCGUCGAAAUGAUAAAGAUUGAUUGAACAUGCCCAGACCUUGAGGGAAAAGAAAAUCCAUGGACAUAUCAGGGAGUAGGUGUAAGAAUACAUGUAACAGAAGAUUCAUUGAAAAGGUAUUUCUGGGGUCCAGGCCGGGCGUGGAAAGAUAUCAUGAUGAAAAAUGACGUGGGAAGAAGAAGUAGGAUGAAAGAGAAAAACCAAUACGAC